AUGGGUGUGAUGGCCGUCAGUCUAUUCAUCACGAUUCUCCUCCUUUUCCAUCAAAUUUCUUCGUCGAUUCAACAAAGCGAUCAAUUGGAUCAAUUCACAUCUCCGAAUGAUCGAGCUGAAAUUCCGUCUCGUCAUGGAUGGUUGUUUCUGUCUCAUUUCUUUUCGUCUCGUGAUCGUCGUACUUUGAAGGAUAUUCAUUUUGGUCUCAAAAGGCGGGAAGUGGCUGAAUGUAGCGAGAAUGGCCUUCCAAUGAAGGUAAAGCACAUCCAUUACUGGCCUGGCGAUAAUAUUUCUUUCACGUGCAAUGUUUGUCAACCAGAUUUUCAUUCAAAUAGGAAGAUCAAAAUGUGGGGUUGGGCCGCAUAUAUAUACGACUUUUUCGAUCAUUACCAGAAGAAUAAGAAGUUGCAACUCGCGGAUAAUUGUGAUCCGUCUUACAUGCCCGGAAAUCGAGAUCAGGCCACAGGGAACGGAUCUUUGCCCCAUAUCCGACGACAAACGUUUGAACAAAUUGGCAAUACGUUACACAUUCAUAAUUCUGAAGCAAGGGCGGCUGGUGUGUAUUUUUGCUAUGAUGAUACUGCGUUGCAUUUGGUCCGUUAUUUCUAUAUUCUUCACGCAAUGACGCCGAUCAAUCGAGUCAAUUGGAUGGAUGAUGUCAAUUUGAAGAAUCGUGUUCCACUGAGUCCGGAUAUGGGCAAAAUGGUCAGUGAAUCGCCUGACAAAAAGGCUUCAUUACCGCCUCCAUUUCAACGUAGCAAUGAUUGCGGGAAACCGAUUUAUAUGUACCCGGAUACUCAAUGGAAAUUCCACUGGCAUCCCAUCAUCUAUAAACGCGAAAAUGAGCCUAUCUUUGAUAGCGGUGAUCUUGAGUGCGAACAAUAUUUGAAACUUCACCCCCACACCGACGACUUAGUGAUACGAAAAGUGCCGGAGACGCCGAUACAUCUGCAUGUUCUCAAACGAUCGUUCAACGAUAAAAGAUUUUACACGUAUGUGGCGUUGGCUUUUCGAUGGGAGCCAUGGAGUAGAUGCGAUUCGGGAAGAACACAUCAACACCGAGAGGGACACUGUGUUUUGCAGCUCGUCGAUGGUAAAGAGAAAACGAACUCGCAAAAUACUCUUCUUGAAGUAUCGAGGUGGAUGUCCCGAUUGGAUAGCAUUUUCGGGCUUUCUGGAGGAAAAGAGACGGCAUUUGUGAGAUUGCAAAGUUCAACUGUGAUGACGAUGAUCAUGGAUCAACCAGUGAAGACCGAUUGGGGGCCGAGAGAACGAUCGGGGAGUGUUCGUAAGAUUGACAAUUUUUAUGAACAAGUAAUCUUUCCCUCAUUGGACAUCCCCGGAGAACAAUUCGACCGAAAGAAAUUCACAUUGAAAAACGAGUGGAGGGCUUGUUUUAAAUACAAACACUCGGGAGAAAAUGAGGGAAAUGGAGUGAGCUUAACGAGUGAA